UUCUUUCUUUUUGUUGUGUUGUCUUUGUUAGAUUCAUCCAAAGAAGAAGAAGAAGCAAUGUUGAGAGCUUGUCAGUUACGAGCUGGGUUACCCAUCCCAAAACUCUCUUCACUCUCCACAAUUCCCUCACUCUUCUCUUUCUCCUCUCACUCCAAAAUCCACACUUUUUCAUCCCCAAAACCCUUCCAUUUUCACUCACCUUCUUCUCUUCCCCUUUCACCCUUUACUUCCAUCAUGCCUCCCAAAUCAACAGCUUCUUAUAGUGCUGGGAGUAGUGCUGUUGAAGGUGGUGGGGAAAGGGAAAUAUUGGUUCAGCAUUUGUUGGUGAAAGAAGAUGAUCAGAAAUUAUUGUUGGAUCUUCAACAGAGAGUUGCUAGAGGUGAAGAUUUGAGUGAUCUUGCUGUGGACCAUUCAAUUUGCCCUUCUAAAGAUGAAGGAGGAAUGCUCGGGUGGGUUAGAAAGGGACAAAUGGUUCCUGAAUUUGAGGAGGCUGCGUUUAGUGCACCUUUAAACAAAGUUGUAAGGUGCAAGACAAAGUUUGGAUGGCACCUACUACAAGUUUUAUCUGAAAGGGAAGAAUCAGUACUUAAAGACAUUCCACCUAAUGAGCUGCAUGUAAAAUUUCAAGAUCCCACCUUUUUAGAGGAGGCGCAGUUAAUUGAUGUUCGAGAGCCUGAAGAAGUGGCCACCGCAUCUUUGCCGGGAUUUACAGUUCUUCCCCUCCGACAAUUUGGAACAUGGGGGCCUGAAAUAAACACCAAAUUUGAUCCUCAAAAGGAUACAUAUGUUCUGUGUCAUCAUGGUGCACGAUCAUUGCAGGUUGCCAGGUGGCUGCAGUCACAGGGUUUCAGAAAAGUAUACAAUAUUUCUGGAGGAAUCCAUGCCUAUGCAGUGCAGGUCGAUCCAUCAGUUCCUACAUACUGAUUCACAUGAUUUUGCCAAUUUCCUCGUUUUGCAUGUGAACAAUUUUCCAUAUACUAGUACAUGAGAAGCAAGAUUUUGUGAGAGGAAUGCAUUCAAUAUUGUUACAAGUCACUCUUAGGAACGUUCACCUUUUACUUGAGAGACAAGGCAUGCAAUGUUCCCAAUAAUACGGAAGGAAAUAGUGAAUUUAUAGAUUAACUUAUUGUUCUUCGAUCUUACGGAAGAGAAUAAAAGUACAAAUUUUUCCUUGCGAAUGAUUCUUAGAAACGACCAUGAGUCAGGAUUUGAUUGAUUAUCUGUAGUAUCAUAAAACAUUUAAGUCAAAAGUAUAUUGAUUGUGAGUGUCGCCCGAACCACAUUGUCCUUACUCAACUUUCACGACCAUAAUCUAGAAAGGGAGAGCCUUUCGCCUACAACGUUGAUUGUGAACAAAUACAAGUCGUGUUAUAUUUAUGCAAGAACAACCACCAAAUCA